GAGUUUGGUUUUCACCUGUUGAAGGAGCAUCUUAUUCGCAUGUUUCACGCAGCUACUUUAUUUCUAAUCCCUAACAUGCAGCGUACGAACAUCAUCAUAAAGACUCAACAAUUGUGAUGCAUUCUAACAUCCAGACUAGACACGUGUUCAAUUGAAAAAUACCGAAGAGCCAGCGUCUCGUGGGAAAAUUUCCGCCACCAUUUGAACUGUCACCGCUCGCGCGCAAGCGCAGAACCCAGGGAACUUUUCGGUUUCGCCGCUAGGGAAAUGCGUUGUCAUGUUCGUGUGUGCGUGCUGGAUCUAGAUGUGCAGUUUGGCGACUCCUCGGAAACGGCGGAGUCAUUUCGAGUUUCUUGAAAAACGGUGCUGAUCUCGAACGGCCGGGACGAUGUCGGCGAGAUACGACAGAGCGAUCACGGUGUUUUCGCCGGACGGCCAUCUGCUCCAGGUGGAGUACGCUCAGGAGGCUGUCAAGAAGGGCUCGACGGCGGUCGGUGUACGUGGUGCAGAUGUCGUAGUUUUAGGCGUCGAGAAGAAAUCUGUUGCUAAAUUGCAAGAGGAACGUACAGUGCGCAAAAUAUGCCUCCUAGAUGAUCAUGUAAUUAUGGCCUUUGCAGGUUUAACUGCCGAUGCUAGAGUAUUAAUCAACCGUGCGCAAGUUGAAUGCCAGAGUCAUAAGUUAACUGUAGAGGAUCCAGUUACCUUGGAAUAUAUUACAAGGUAUAUUGCAGGCUUAAAACAAAAAUAUACACAGAGUAAUGGUCGUAGACCUUUUGGUAUAUCCUGUCUCUUAACUGGAUUUGAUUAUGAUGGUGUACCACAUCUGUAUCAAACGGAGCCAUCAGGAAUAUAUUAUGAGUGGAAGGCGAACGCAACAGGACGCAGCGCUAAAACUGUGCAUGAAUUCUUGGAGAAGUAUUAUACUACGGAAGAAGUGUCGACAGAAAAAGGUUGCAUAAAACUUGCGAUCAGAGCACUGCUUGAAGUAGUUCAAUCUGGACAAAAGAAUUUGGAAAUAGCAGUAAUGCGACGUGGACAACCACUACAGAUGUUGGAUACAGACACCAUAGGUGAAUAUGUAACAGAAAUCGAAAAGGAAAAGGAAGCAGAGGCAGAAAAGAAAAAGCAGAAAAAGUGAUGCUUUUGCCCAUUGUGCACUUCUAUUGUACCAUUAUUAAUUUUUCUUAUAAAAUAAAUAUACUGGAAAUAGGAAAAAAA